AUGUUAGUUUUAUUGGAGGGUGAUGUGCUUAUGCGUCUGAUUGAGUAUUCGCAAUGUGGGAGAACGUUCCGAAGGUGGACAUAUGAACGAACUGGAGAAAAAAUCCAGUCAAAGUGUCUUGCCGAGCAUCAACAGUUGGACAGAAAACGAUUACCAACAAAAGGUGAUGAGGAUUCUGAAUCUAGACGGAAAGAGGAUUCUCCAUUGGCUCAUCGUCUGAAGCAACAGCGUGUAUUAAAAGAGGAACAGAAGGUGAUGGAAGAGGAAGCAGCAGCACGACAGAUUAAAAAACAAAGCCAAGUGGAUGACCCGUCUUCUGGUAAGCCUCGAUCAGCAAAUUCAAAGUCCAAAAGGAAGCAUAACGAUAACCAACAAGCCACUAAUAGCACGACAAUGAAAGGACUGAGUGAGUUGUAUCGUGAGCUACGGGAAAACCUAGAAGAGAUUAAGCGUCGGCAAGACUCGCAGAUAGCCGCCGAAUCUGACAGCACUCGACUUCGUCGUCUCAUCAAUUCAGAUCCGUGCAUUCGUUCGCUGCUGGAGCAGUUGAUCAACACAAUCAAGCAGGCAUCCACUAACUUGAAGAUUUGCGUGAAGAUGGCCGUCAUGAACAAAUAUCGUGAAUCUAAAAUGGGUAUGGUAAGAAGAAUACUAUUUUUUCUUAUUGGCAGAAAGUACCAAAACAGUUUUCCGUCACACAUUCGAGCUCCUUCACGUUACAUUGAGUUUCACGGACUGGAAAACGACAACACAUCAUGCUUUCACUUACGACUCAAGAACAUUUCAGACAAGCACGUUGUCUUCAAUGUACGGCGUCCACCACCGUCACACUUCGGUAUGACACCAAAGGUAGGCAUGUUUGCACCGCAAGAAGUCCGAACGAUUUUUAUGACGUUCAACGGAAGGUGCUCGAGAAUUCCUGAUGAUCUCGUUUGGCUCUACAGUAUUUAUCAGCUGGAGAUCACUGACGAAGCUGCUGCUGCCGUAAAAGCAGAGAAGUUCUCAACAAAGACAAUUAGGAGAAUUUGGCAACUGCAUGGAUCAAAAGAUGUGACAAACGUGCUACAUCUAGCGUGUGUGUUUUUUCGCGACAGUACGAAGACCCGUUGCUUACGCCGGCACACCGUGAGACCUGUGCCAGAGCUGGACGAAAAAGGGAUGCUUGUUGAAGAGGACGAAUACGACCCGGAUCUUCACGAUGACCAGAGUGAAAACUUGCCUAGUGCGAAUGAGGGCGAUCCUUAA